AACUCCACAUAUUUAGUAUAUCAUCAAAAGGCUUAGAUUGGUUGGUUUCAUGGUUAUCACAUAACAAAUUAAACCAAUCCAGGCCAAAAACAGCACAACCACCUGAAAAAACCCACAAAAAACCAUGGGAGAAAAAGAGAAGAAGAAGCAAAAUAAGAAGCAAAAACACCAACAUCCUAAUGACCAAACCACAAAGCCAGCCUCAGAUUUUUCAUUCAAGCCAAGCUCAGAAGUGAAGGGUCUUCGUUUUGGAGGCCAAUUCAUAGUAAAAUCUUUCACCAUCCGACGAGCAAGGCCACUUGAGCUUCUAAAACUUCUCUCUUAUCCACCAACAAAUCGCAGCAACAGCAGCAGCAGCAGCAAAAUCCCUUUCCCUUCAACAAUAGCUUUCUUGCCGACAAACUUCACUAUCUUAGCCCAUCAAGCUUGGCACACUCUAACACUUGGCCUUGGCACCAAGAAAUCCAAAGUAAUAGUGUUUAUUUUUGAAUCUGAGUCUUUGAAGUUGGCUGUAGAGAGAAUAUGGCCACAAGAGAUUCCUCUAGGAGAAGUGAACAAGAAGCUCAUUAGAGGCCUAGCUGGGUCUGAAAUGGCGAGGUUUAAGUUCAGAAAAGGAUGCAUCACCUUCUAUGUUUAUGCAGUGAGACGCAUUGGAAACUUGGGAUUUUCUUGUGCAGAUGAUUUAAGAACAAUCUUACAAUCUGUGGUUUCUUUAACUGAUUUCUUGGAUCACACUGCUAUGCUUGCCAUGCCUCAUCAGAGAAGCAUCAACUAUCAAGCUCCAGUUGCCAUGGCUCACUAGUCAAUUUUUCUUCCUCUGAUCAUCAAUGUGAUCAUCUUCUCUUCUUGAUCUUUUAGAUCUUUUAAAUUCUUUUUGUUGAUUUUUUUUCCUUGUUAAAUACUUUUUUAGUGAUGGGUUAGAGGGAUUGAUUUAAUUUUGUACGGGUUUUUCUUUCUCCAUUUAUUUUUAAUUUUUUAAAAAAAUUGUAUUUUAAUAUGAAUAAAUUGGAGUCUAUUUCACAGAGAA